AUCCUGCCAACCAGGCCCCGCCCGCCGCCGCCGGAAGUCGUAUCCCAGCGCUUGGCGCCCUCCUUCCUCCUCCCACCGCCCCCAAGCUCUACAGAAGGAAUCCGUGCUCAGAUCACAACACUUGCAUUUCUAGGAUGGCAGAAACAGAUGUGGACAACGAGCUUUUGGACUACGAAGAUGAUGAAGUCGACAACCAGGCCGGGGGAGAUGCAACGGACAUCGCCCCCAAGAAGGAAAUAAAGGGAUCGUACGUGUCCAUUCACAGCUCCGGCUUCAGAGAUUUUCUUCUUAAACCCGAGUUGCUUCGCGCCAUCGUAGACUGUGGCUUUGAGCAUCCAUCAGAAGUGCAACACGAGUGUAUCCCGCAAGCCAUUCUGGGCAUGGAUAUCCUGUGUCAGGCGAAGUCCGGUAUGGGGAAAACUGCCGUGUUUGUCUUGGCCACAUUGCAGCAGCUGGAGCCUAUUACAGGACAGGUCUCCGUGUUAGUCAUGUGUCACACUAGAGAACUGGCUUUCCAGAUCAGCAAAGAGUACGAGCGAUUCUCAAAAUACAUGCCGUCUGUUAAGGUGGCGGUAUUUUUUGGCGGCCUUGCCAUUAAGAAGGACGAGGAGAUGUUGAAGAAGAGCUGCCCCCACAUUGUGGUGGGGACCCCCGGCCGUAUUCUGGCGUUGGCAAGAAACAAGAUUCUAAACCUGAAGCACAUCAAACACUUCAUCUUGGACGAAUGUGACAAGAUGCUAGAGCAGCUAGACAUGCGCAGAGAUGUUCAGGAAAUUUUCCGUAUGACCCCUCACGAGAAGCAGGUCAUGAUGUUCAGUGCUACCCUGAGCAAGGAGAUCCGCCCGGUCUGCAGGAAGUUCAUGCAAGAUCCGAUGGAAAUCUUCGUGGAUGAUGAGACCAAGCUGACCCUCCAUGGCCUACAGCAAUAUUACGUCAAACUCAAGGACAAUGAGAAAAACCGCAAACUUUUUGACCUCCUGGACCUGUUGGAAUUCAACCAGGUGGUCAUUUUCGUCAAGUCCGUUCAGCGGUGCAUCGCCCUGGCUCAGCUGUUGGUGGAGCAGAACUUCCCGGCUAUUGCUAUUCACCGUGGGAUGCAGCAGGAGGAGAGGCUCUCCCGGUAUCAGCAAUUUAAAGACUUUCAGCGGAGAAUCCUGGUUGCCACUAAUCUGUUUGGUCGCGGGAUGGACAUUGAGAGAGUGAACAUUGCCUUCAAUUAUGACAUGCCGGAGGACUCUGAUACUUAUUUGCACAGGGUGGCACGUGCCGGCAGGUUUGGCACCAAGGGUCUAGCCAUCACAUUCGUCUCCGAUGAGGGCGAUGCAAAAAUCCUAAACGAGGUUCAAGAUCGUUUUGAGGUCAACAUCAGCGAGCUGCCUGACGAGAUUGAUAUCUCUUCCUAUAUUGAACAGACGCGAUGAGACGAGAUUCCUUCUUCGAUUUCUCUGAGUGGCUGCCGAAUGCUGUGCUCACCUGUUGUCUCUUCUUGCACCAGACUGAGGAAGGGCAGUCCUCUGGCUAAUCUGUUUAAAAAAACGAGCAUGGCUGUUUUAAUCUGGAUCCACUUCAAUGUUUUACGAGCAGAAGUCUGGUUGAGGAAUUGUUCUUUUGCCUCUGAUAUGUAUGGUAAUGGCGCCAGAAGUUGCCGGGAAUUAAUUUAAUAUGAAAUGCAAAACAGUCAGUGAAACAAAACACUGGGUCCUCUGUAUAGUGUAGUGUACGGCUGCACAAGUUUUUUUUUUAGUUUUUUGUUUUACCCUCUUGAUAGUUGUCAGUCGAGUGCCACGUCUCUGAUAAAUGAUUUUUCAGAAAACAAGCCCUGGCGUUGUGCAGUAUUUGGUUAUAGUUUUAUACAUUGAGGAUUGGCUUUUUGUUUAGUGGAUAAGUGACAAAUGAGGUCACUGCCUUGUAUAUUGUUACCUCUUAAGCCAUGUCAUAAAUACAUUUAAACAAAAACCAAA